GUCUGUACUCACAAACAUGGCGGACUACCGCGAAGCGCCCUUGGUCACUCGGCCAAAAACGUUGGACCCAGCUGAAUAUUUCAACCUUUCGCUGGACCAGAGACGUGCCGAGGAAGAGAGGGCUGGUUUAAGGGCCCAGCUGAAGAGACAAUAUCAGAUGCAGCUAAACAACCCGCACAGAAAAGAGCUUAUAGUAAGUAGAGUGAGCUAACAUGCUAACGCUAGUUAGCUUGCUAAUGUCAGACCCACAGUUCACCCAGGGGUAAUGCUAUUGAUGGGUUUUGCUAACGUUACUUUUGUUGAUGUGACCUUGAUGUUACAAUUUCAUAGUAAUUUUGCUAUUUAAACUAAUUUGUGAUGCAUUGUUGUAUUCAGUUAAAUGUAUUCUGGGGGGAACAUGACUGUUUCUGCAUUCAACCGUUUUUGCCACGAUAGUAGUUGACUGCAAUAAGGCUGGCAAAGACUGGCACCAACUCUCAAAAAUUGGCCAUCAAUAUUGACAUGCUGUUUUUUGUAUUUACAGGAAGACCCUGCCUUGACACGCUGGGUGUACGCACGCACCAACCCCUACAACUACUUCAGAGCCACCAAGAAGACGUCGCUGCUAGGUGGGCUCUUUGGAGUGGUUCCCCUCUUCGUCCUGUACUAUGUACUGAAGACGGACAGGGUAUGGAUGAGAUGACACAAACCCUUUAUCCUACUCAUUCCCUGACAUUAGGGGUCUAUUCCAAAUCCACCCUAGCCUCUAUACCAGUGGUCCCCUGUAGCUCAGUUGGUAGAGCAUGGCGCUUGCAACGCAAGGGUUGUGGGUUCGUUUCCCAUGGGGGGCCAGUAUGAAAAUGUAUGCACUCACUAACUGUAAGUCGCUCUGGAUAAGAGCAUCUGCUAAAUGACUAAAAUGUAAAAAUGUCACCAACCUUUUCUGAGUCAAGAUCACUUUGAGUCAAAAUGCAAGCCGAGAUCUACCGCUUAGGGUUUUUUAGAAACAUGACUUAAACGUAAGCUUUUGCAACAUUAACCAAUUAAAAACAGUUCUGUAGCAAUGAGGUUUGUGCAGUAGGCUAUAGGCCACAUACAUUAUCACUGUAUAUUGCUAUGCCUGAAUUACCCUGCUACUGUUGUUCUUCUUAGACCAUUUAGAAUAUAUAUUUUUUUAUGUAGGUAUAUGAUUACACUGGUAAUAGAUCAUUUGUUGUAUUACUUGUAAGGCACAGCUGAGUGGGCAUAAAAUAUAUAUAUAUAUAUCUUCUUUUUUUUACUGGACAGAUGGCCUGCACCUGAGGGGAGGGAGGGAGCAGAGGUGAGGCUGCCUCUCACCUGACUCACCGUCCCUCCUCGCUGCCUCCCUCCUCUGAGAAAAGGGGACACAGUCUUCCAGCUGAUGGCGAAACUCAAGUCCCACUGCAUUAUUUCUGUCUCAUGCACCAAUUCAUGUUGUCACUGCUAUGACCAGAGAACGUGAAGAAAUAUUCCUAGAUUAUAACCCCCCCCCACACACACACACACAGAUAAAAAAACAGAAUAAAAACCACAAGCUUAUCGGAACACUUUGCUAUACUCCUUCAGUGCAGCAGCAGUGCUGGUUGUAGCGUGAGUGGAAGUAGGGAGAACGCACAUUUUAUGGCUUAAAGUGUUGACAGUGCUGAAUAACAACUUAAACAUGAACUUACUCAUAAAAACAGCAGCUCUUUGCUGUAUACGUUUAGUCUCUAGUCAUGGUUUAGACAUUUCACAGUAUCAACUUUGCUGUGCGUUCAAGGUUUCUUUUUACAGUCUAUGGCUUGUGCAGACACAGUGAUCUGAGCUAUCUGAUUGGCUUAUAGGUGCACUUGAUUUGCACUCUGGGCCUGCUGGUUAGGCAGAGUUUUACUUUCAGACACUAGGGAUGCUGAAUCAAGUGCACCUACCGCCAACAGUGCUAGGGGUGCUGAAUCAAGUGCACCUACCGCCAACAGUGCUAGGGGUGCUGAAUCAAGUGCACCUACCGCCAACAGUGCUAGGGGUGCUGAAUCAAGUGCACCUACCGCCAACAGUGCUAGGGGUGCUGAAUCAAGUGCACCUACCGCCAACAGUGCUAGGGGUGCUGAAUCAAGUGCACCUACCGCCAACAGUGCUAGGGGUGCUGAAUCAAGUGCACCUACCGCCAACAGCGUGUGCAAAUAAAUAGGAACGCAGGGCUUUAUCGUUGGGUUUUUUACAGAAAUGUUUGGUGAUCGACCAGUCAAUCGCGAUCAACCGGUUGGUGACCACUGCUCUAUACUAAGGCCCUUUGUUUAGAUAUGAAGGGAUUGGGUGAUCUGGUGGACAUUCUUCCCAUCAGAGGGCUUGUGAAGUUAUUGCCAUAUUGAUCAUACUGAAGUAGUCCUUUGCCUUGGUGUAGGGGUUAGGGAUUGAUUUGUAACUGUUGUGUAGUGUGCGGAAGAUUAAUCGUACAUCAAACAUGUAGAUCUACACUGAGUGGACAAAACAUUAAGAACUCUUUCAUGACAGACUGACCAGGUGAAAGCUAUGACACAUUAAAGAAAUAUUUUUCAACCUUGAGACAUGGAUUGAGUAUGUGUGCCAUUUAGAGGGUGAAUGGGCAAGACAAAAUAUUUGUUCCUUUGAACAGGGUAUUGUAGUAGGUGCCAGGCGCACCGGUUUGUGUCAAGAACUGCAACACUGCUGGGUUUUUCACGCUCAACAUUUUCCCGUGUGUAUCAAGAACGGUCCACCACCCAAGCAUUGGAGUCAACAUGGGCCAGCAUUAUAAUAAUAAUAAUAUGCCAUUUAGCAGACGCUUUUAUCCAAAGCGACUUACAGUCAUAUCCCUGUGGAACGCUUUCAACACCUUGUAGAGUCCAUGCCCCAACGAAUUGAGGAUGUUCUGAGGGCAAAAAGGGGGUGAAACGAAAUAUUAGGAAGGUGCUCCUAAUGUUUUGUACACUCAGUGUAUCUAUGAUAUGAAGGUACAUUCGUACAGGGCCACCAUACUGUGCCCACUAAGGUCAUCCAUUGAACUUAGACACAAAUGCAGUCUAAUACAGCAUUGAUGGGUGUAUGAGCCCUCAGACAGAGCCAGUAUUAAGUCUCAUUUCAUUCAUCUUAGCUCAUCGACAUGGUGAAAUUACCAAUUUGCAUUAUGGGAAGAAAAUCCACUUUGAUGCUUUUGUCUGACUCAAUAAUAGUUGAGGUUUCUGCCAAAUGUUUUUUGUAAGAAACUAAAGUCAGGGGGAAGAACAUGCGCAAUGCUAUCUAAGCUCAUCUUCUACCGUAGUGUCUCAGUGACAGUCUACAUGCAAGCUCAUCUUCUACUGUAGUGUCUCAGUGACAGUCUACAUGCAAGCUCAUCUUCUACUGUAGUGUCUCAGUGACAGUCUACAUGGCAGCCUGUCCUUCUCCCUCCAUUGUUAUUGAAUCAGAGAGAGCUGUCGCAGACCUGGGUACAGAGGCUCACUGUGCUGUAACUCCUCUGCUGUUUCUCCACUGAGAGGAAGAAAAACCAACCUGGAUUUAUUAAUGAGACGUUAGUUCAUAUUAUAAAUGUAUUGAUGGAUGAGGAGUCCCCUGUAGCUCAGUUGGUAGAGCGUGGCGCUUGCAAAGCCAGGGUUGUGGGUUCGUUUCCCACGGGGGGCCAGUAUGAAAAUGUAUGCACUCACUAACUGUAAGUCGCUCUGGAUAAGAGCGUCUGCUAAAUGACUAAACUGUAAUGAGGUUGCUUACAGCAGGGCUUCCCAAACUCAGUCCCCCCACCGGGUGCACGUUUAGGUUUUUACCCAAGCACUACACUGCUGAUUCAAAUAACCAACUCAUUAUCAAGCUUUGAUUAUUUGAAUCAGCUGUGUAGUGUUAGGGCAAAAACCAAAACGUGAACCAGAACAGAGUUUGGGAAACCCUGGCUUAGGUGACGAUGCUGUCUCUCUGUUGCCAUCGUGACCUCAUUAAGCCCCCCCCCCCCCCCCCCCCCCCCCCCCCCCACCGUCUGCAGGACAAGAAGGAGGAGCAGAUCAAAGCUGGGACCUACGACCGCAAGUUCAAGCUUGCUUACUGAGUUUGCUCGUCACAGACUUCCAUUGUAAAGUGUUGUAGAGAAAAUGUCAGAGUGUGUCUAUUAUUGAGAACUGAAUAAAACUUACUUUAUUGUUGAAAA